UGCCCCUGGCCGCGGCCCUGCGGGUGCGGGUUCCCGCGGGCUGCGGGGUCCGCGGGCGCUGAGGGGCCAUGGUGCCGCUCGCCCCUCCGGAGGAUCCCUGGCAGCACAAGAUGGACGGGGCCGCCCACGGACACGGAGCCGGACACGGAGCCGCAGUCGGAGCCGGACCGGGCGGCCGGCCGGCGGCGGGGGGCCCGGGCGAGCUGAAUGGUCUUAAAAUGGUGGAUGAGCCCAUGGAAGAAGGGGAGCCGUAUCCCUAUCAGGAUGAAGGAAGCGUUAAAGAAAUCCCAAUUACCCACCACGUGAAAGAAGGCUGUGAAAAGGCAGAUCCUGCCCAGUUUGAGUUGCUCAAGGUUCUUGGUCAGGGAUCUUUCGGAAAGGUUUUUCUUGUACGGAAGAUCAUCGGGCCAGAUGCCGGACAGCUCUACGCAAUGAAAGUGUUAAAGAAAGCUUCUUUAAAAGUUCGAGAUAGAGUUCGUACAAAGAUGGAAAGAGAUAUACUCGUGGAAGUAAAUCACCCAUUUAUUGUCAAAUUGCACUAUGCCUUUCAGACAGAAGGGAAGCUCUAUUUAAUAUUGGAUUUUCUCAGGGGAGGAGAUGUCUUCACACGAUUGUCCAAAGAGGUUAUGUUUACAGAGGAAGAUGUGAAAUUCUACCUCGCAGAACUGGCCCUUGCUUUGGAUCAUCUGCACAGCCUGGGGAUUGUGUACAGGGACCUGAAGCCAGAAAACAUUUUGCUUGAUGAAGCAGGACAUAUCAAGUUAACAGACUUUGGACUCAGCAAAGAAUCCGUAGACCAAGAAAAGAAGGCCUACUCAUUUUGUGGCACCGUGGAAUACAUGGCCCCCGAAGUGGUGAACAGGCGGGGUCACACCCAGAGUGCUGAUUGGUGGUCGUUUGGGGUGCUCAUGUUUGAAAUGCUAACCGGUACCCUGCCGUUCCAAGGGAAAGAUCGAAAUGAAACGAUGAAUAUGAUAUUGAAGGCAAAACUGGGAAUGCCUCAGUUUCUUAGUCCCGAAGCACAAAGUCUCCUAAGAAUGCUUUUCAAAAGGAACCCUUCUAAUAGAUUAGGAGCGGGUUCGGACGGAGUGGAGGAAAUCAAGCGGCAUCUUUUUUUUUCUACUGUCGACUGGAAUAAACUGUACAGAAGAGAGAUUCAACCCCCAUUCAAGCCAGCAUCUGGAAAACCGGAAGAUACUUUUUGUUUCGAUCCCGAGUUCACCGCAAAAACCCCCAAAGAUUCUCCCGGAGUCCCCCCCAGCGCUAACGCGCAUCAGCUCUUCAAAGGAUUUAGCUUCGUUGCAACGACCGCCAUAGAGGAUCAUAAAACAUCUCCCCUCACAAACAUACUGCCCAUCGUCCAGCAACUCCACGGCAACAGUGCCCAGUUUAACGACGUGUACGAAUUAAAGGAGGACAUUGGCGUUGGCUCUUAUUCGGUGUGCAAGCGAUGUGUGCACGGAGCCACCAGCAUGGAAUUGGCUGUGAAGAUAAUUGACAAAAGUAAAAGAGAUCCGUCAGAAGAAAUUGAAAUUCUGAUGCGUUACGGCCAGCACCCCAACAUCAUCACGUUAAAGGAUGUGUAUGAUGACGGCAGAUACAUUUACCUCGUUACCGAGCUGAUGAAAGGAGGAGAGCUGCUCGAUCGAAUCCUCAGACAAAAAUACUUCUCCGAGCGGGAGGCCAGUGCCGUGUUGUACACCAUCACGAAAACAGUAGACUACCUUCACUGUCAAGGAGUGGUGCAUCGAGACCUGAAACCUAGUAACAUUUUAUAUAUGGAUGACUCCAACAACGCAGACUCCAUCAGGAUAUGUGAUUUCGGCUUUGCGAAACAGCUCCGGGGAGACAACGGACUGCUCCUGACGCCUUGCUACACCGCCAACUUCGUGGCCCCCGAGGUUCUCAUGAGGCAGGGGUACGACGCUGCGUGUGACAUCUGGAGCCUGGGGGUCCUCUUGUACACGAUGCUGGCUGGCUAUACUCCUUUUGCUAAUGGCCCCAAUGACACUCCCGAAGAAAUCCUCUUACGGAUAGGUAGUGGGAAGUUCUCUUUAAGCGGUGGCAACUGGGACACGGUUUCAGAUGCAGCAAAGGACUUGCUGUCCCACAUGCUCCACGUGGACCCUCAGCAGCGAUUCACCGCCGAGCAGGUCCUCAAACACUCGUGGAUAGCCUGCAGGGACCAGCUGCCUCACUAUCAGCUCAACAGGCAAGACGCGCCCCAUCUAGUCAAGGGCGCCAUGGCGGCCACCUACUCGGCCCUGAACCACAAGACCUUCCAGCCGGUCUUGGAGCCCGUGGCCGCUUCCAGUUUAGCUCAGCGGCGGAGCAUGAAGAAGCUGACGUCCACGGACUUGUAGGCGAGCGCUCCGGCAGGGCCGCGACAGAACUCGGGACGGCCGCCGGCCCCGCCUGCGGGCGACGGAGCUUCCCGCUGCACUACUUGAAGACUCUGUACAAGUCCUUUUUUUUAGAAAAGAUGAAAAAAAAAAAACCCUGGCCCUCGGGACUCCCACCGUGUCGUCCGCAGGCGCUGUCCACGUGUGCGUUUAUUUCAGUUGACCAUUAGGCUUCGUCAUCCCGACCGAGAGGCGUUUCCGUGUUCGGGCUCGGAGAGGACGUGCGGCCGGCGGCCGCGGGGAGUCGGCGUUCCCGUUCCGCCGGAGGCGGGGGCGUCGCCAACGAUCGGCGGCUCCGGCACCGUCGUCUCCGUUCGCGGGUCGGGGAGAGGGUCCCGGCCCGGCCGCUGGAUCCCGUCAUUUCCCCCUCGGUGGCCGCGCCAGGGAAGGUAGGGCAUCGGGAGUGAGCAGGGGCACCGUGGCGGGGGUAGCCCUUUGCCCGGGGAGGAGGGCAGUGAGGCCCAGGGCCGGAGGGUCGUCUUAAGGACCCUUGGGGUCUUGGGUGUUAAACCAGGGGUCCCGUGGUUUAGCGAGUCCUCCCUACGCCUCCCGGUGGGCCCGUGGGAUCGAUUCUCCCCCUGACCCUGCCCCGGUCUGUAAAGGGCGCCGCUGCUUCGGGCCCGCGGGAUGCUCCGGGUCACCCGGGAUCGCCGGAUGCCGCGGCCGAGGCUUUACCGUCAUCCCCGUGGGCGGCCGAGGCUUUGCCGUCAUCCCCGCAAGCCGCCCGUGUGGCGUAGAGUCCGCCGCGCCCCGGAGGGCCGCGGCCGGGACCGCGGCCCGGUACUGUGUCAGGGAAGCGGAGUCGCCUUUCACGUGGGAAGAAGUUCUCUGCACGAGCCACCCCUCCGACGGAGCGCGUCGCCAACCAAGUUGGCCGAAUCGGUCCGCGGCCUCCGGUUAGGCAUUCGGAACCGCUUCCGGCCGAACCUCGUAGCCCCGAGGCCCUGGGCAGAGAUGGCAACGCGGCCUCCUUCGGCGGGCUCCCGGAACCGCGCCCGUCACCCCCCGGCGGGCCGGAAGGGACUCGCCGGUGUGAACCGGGCGGGAGCGGCUUGGGCUUUGUGAAUACUUGUGAGCUGCUUGUGAGCACCUGGGGUUCCGUUGCUGUGUAUUUGGGUUCACGCCGGGAACAGGAAACUUACUCUGGAGCACUGAUGUACUGUGCGAUUUAGGCCGGGAGACUUAUAGGUUUGGUAUUUCAUUAGAAAGGAAAACGUGUACGGCUGUCUCUCUCUGUCUCUGUCUCUCUCUCUCUUCCCCCCACCAACCCUCCCAGCACUCCAGGAGCUCCAGGGUCCCCCCCGGGCGCUCUCCCUUGCCCUCGCUUGACUGUACGGCCAGCAGUGUCUGCCCAGAGGGGCGGGUGGGACGGGCGGCUCCCGCCCCGCCGUCCCCUCGCCCGCGGUGGGCUCCGCUCGCCGCCGGGAUCGGCGGAGAAGGGUUUUGCUGGCGGUGAUCCGGGAGUGGCCAGGCCCUAGAGAAAGCUCUUUUCUCCGGCCUGCCCCUCUCCGUACCGCUCACUCGGAGCCAAAUAAAAUGGGCACGGGGAAAGGGAAUUGCCCAGAGGCGGUCUCCGAGUUUUUGUUUCUACCUAUUUAAAAAAAACCAGAAAGCUGGUGUUGGCAAAGGGGGGGUUUCCGUUUAGGUUGCCCCGGGGAAAGGUAGGGGCUUGAGCCCCUCACGGAGCCCGGCCCUUGGAAGGCGAGCAGGGUAGGAGACCCUAUGGGAAGGGGGAGCCUGUGGCGGGGGGGGCUCGGCGGCCCCCACAGGGGAAGCGGGGUGCGCCCAUCCUGCCUCCCGCCGACGAUUCCAGGGUUGCCUGGACCGGCGACCGGCACCCGGGGGGUGGGCAGUGAUAGCCAGGCUGUCCCCCCCGCCCCCGCCCCGGCUUCAGCCGGAAUUCAGAGGGUGGCCCGGGCGGGCUCCUCACGGGGAAGAGAACCGGGGUCCUCGCCGCUACAAGGAAACGUCACCAUUUCUGCUCAGACCAACAAGCGUUAGUCCUAAAGCACAUCUUAGCGUGAAUAAACUCAGGAAAAACAUUAGACGGUUCGAUGACGCAAAUCGCGGGGUCCGCUUUUGGAGCGGAGGCGAUUUCCACGGGGCGUUUCUCCGGUUGGGCUUUGUGUUUACCGAGAGUCGGGCGAGAGCUGCCGAGAGAUGCGCGUUUCCCUGCUUAUCGCAUUAGGGAAAGUUAGCCGGCUAUUUUAUGGAAAAGGUGACUGUCCCAGUCACCUCGGAAAGACUAGAUAGGUCUUCAGCCUGUUUUUUUAGCUCCAAGAAUGCUUCAGAAUCGAGCGUACGGACUUUGAGAUAGUUACUGUGAUUGGUACUAAACUGAUAACUCGUUUCCCCUGAUAGUAUCCUAGUAUGAGAAAACUUUGACCCUUGAAAUUGUGCCCUUCCGGUGUGCUCAAGAAGUUUUCACGUUCUUUACCUACCCGUCCCCUGCCACCCUACUCCACACACAUACACACACACACAAUGAUACACAAACACACAUGCACAAUAUCGCUAGCACAAAUGGGUUUCCCCUCUGUGCGGGUAGAGAAAUGAGGCCCCGGGAAAGGUUGCGUGUCAGUCGGGCGACACAGCAAAUCGGUGGAGGGGUCGGGACCUAAACUCCCACUCGCAACCGCAGACCCGGAGCCCCUCCUGCUCAGUCGGGGUUCUGGGACGUGGCGAUGCCACUGCAGCUGUAGUCGGCAGCCGUUGCCCCGGAGGCGUCGGCUGCCCCCAGGCCUGCCCGAGAGCGCGGUCCAUCGCACAGUGGCUCGGCGUGUUCGGAGGUGGGCUCGGUUUAAGGCCGACGCGACUGUCGGGGAGGGUGCCGCGCUCUGACCGAUCCGCAGAAUGUCUGGGAUCCCGGAGGAGGGGCCGCCCCGCCUGAGACCACCCGGCUCCGCUCCCCGUCGAGGUCCCAGCACUGCAUGGAAUUGGAGGAGCGGGGUGGCGGGGUGGGGCCCCGGCAGUUGUCAGAUCUUCCCCAUUGCCGGAGCCCCCGGAGGGACCGGGCCUCGGUUCUGCUGAACGAAGGCCCGGAGACGGGCCUCCAGGUAGAACCAGGGAAGCAGCCAGCGACGAGGAGGAGGAGGGCAGAAAGUUGGCUCCACUUGAGCAGGCCAGACCGGGGGCAUAGAAGCCAGUCGGCGCCCGAGAAGGGGGCGGGAAGCGUGCCCCGCGCAGAUGACUCGGCUGAGAGACGGGCACCCUAAAGGUCCCGCCUUCUAGUUCCGGGAAACAACUCCCCGCUUCAAACGCCGCCCCGCUCCGAGAACCGCCCCGCGCACAUCAGGACCUUCGUAAGCGUAAGCGCUCUGAGCCACGUGCCUCGUUCCGUUCCGCAACUCACGGGCCCCCCGCCGAACCGGGCUUCGCUUUUCCCGCCAAUCGCUGGGGGUCGACGGGCCGAGGGCGUCGGGGUCACCCUCCCUCCGGAGUCCAAGGCUGUGACAAGCGGGGGUCCUGGGGGGGGGGGGGGGGUCCCCGUGGGAGCGGCUCGGCACCGUUUUGUGCUGCCCUGACGAGAACCGCCCGACCAGAAGCCACCAUUUCUCGGGCUGUCCCUGCCGCGUCUUGAAACUCUCGGCCGAAUGUCCAGAUCCCGUCACAACCGAGCGACGAGAACUCCGUCUCGAGUUUCAAUUCCAUAGUCGAGUCGUGGGGAGGAGGUUGGGGUUUGUGGUGUUUUUUCUUCUUUUUUUUUUUUCUGGUUUUUUCGUUCUUCGAUGAGGAAUCGCAGGCUUUGUGGGGAGACACGCACAAGUGUGUUUUGUGUGUAGAUCGUGUACGUGUGUGUGUGUGGGGGGGCGGGGGGCCUGGACAACAUUUCCCAAGCACUUUGGCGUCCUUGCACUGAUCCUCCUGCUGGUGACUGUGGCCGCAAUUUUCCAAACGGGAAAGGGCAUUAGUGAGACCUGUGUGCAGUGUAAUGGACGUGCUGCCCAAAGUACUUCUCAACGGCGGCGAUACCGACCGACGCGGCGUCCCCAGCGAUCCGAUACCGAACCGCUCAUUUCCCGCUCUGAACAGAUUGUGGAUUUUGUAUCCCCUUCUAUUUAUUUCUUUUAAAUUUGGGGGGGGGGGGGGUUUGUUUCCUUCGAAGCUCUGUAUAUAUUGACAUUAAAGUUUGCCUCGUAUUACAUUCUCCUCCUCGUAAGGCUGAAUCCAGUUGUGCGUUCUCCAGUCCGUUUCUCCUCGCACAGUGCUGCUAAGAUUGCUUUCACUUCGAAUUAUGACAUGCCAAAGACAACACAGAAAAUUGUAUUUAUUUUUGUUCUUGUUGAAACUCUGUGAGCAACGAUGAUGAAGAUAACCAUGUUGAUAACUGGCAUUCUAUGGGUACUAGAAUAAAAAGGCUGCAAAUUUAUAAUACUUUACAAAA